UAUACUUUACUGCGAAAGUAUAUCUUUGGACAGAAAAUCACACUUCCGCUCAAAUGACGCGUCAUCCGGUUGGUCGGAAUUUAUCGUCGAGCGUUAGCAGUGUGAAUUUCGCGGACAUAGAGACUUUAAUUAAUGCUGUUCAUCAUGUUCGUCUUUGACGUGAAAGGUGUAACAACCAUAUAAAUUACAAAAAGAAUUCGAAAACGUCGACGAGGCGGCCAACCAGUGGACAAAGCACUUCCUGGUUUCAGCCCUAUGACGUCUACGUGAACGUGACUCAUCCUCGGUUGCUGCUGCCUGCUGGGGGAUGCUGACAGCCGCGCUGCGCACCGCGCGCGACCACCGAGCGACCCCCGUGUGACCCCCACCGCCCCCCCGCGUGACACCAACGCCACCAUGGAGGACAUCCUACAGAGGCUCCACAAAGACGCAGCCGGACACAAGUACAAAAGCCUCCGCGACGCCUGCGUGCUCGCCUCCGAAAGUCUCCAGUGCCACAAUGCAUCAGCCAAGCUAUCGCUUGCAGAGCUGCGGGCGCGCUGUCUUCUGCCGCUCCAGAUUGCGCUCGAGUCCAAGAACGUCAAACUGGGCCAGACGGCGCUGAGCGGCAUGCAGAACCUCCUGUGCGAGGACCGCUUUGUGAGCGGGAAGGCCGAGGAGGCGGAGCCCGUGGAAAGUCAGCUGGUGAGUCAGAUGUUGGCGGCGCUGCGAGUGACGCCAGCGCUGCACGAGGACCUGCAAGUGGAGGUCAUGAAGGUUCUCCUGUGCGUCACCUACUCGCCAAACUUUGACAUCAAUGGAGACUCCAUCCUACGCAUCGCUCAGGUGUGCAUGGAUACAUACGCAUCCAACUGUCAUCAGCGCAGCAUCAACACGGCAGUCCGAGCCACCCUCAGUCAGAUUCUUGGAGAUUUGACACUGCAGCUGCGACACAGACAAGAGGGAGCAGAUGGAGAAGAGCUGAGUGCCCCGCCUCUGCAGAAACGGGACGUGUCGCCCACCAGCCAGGCACUGUGCGACGACGUCGUGAUGGUCUUGACGCUCUUCUGUGACAAGUUGGAGUCGGUGGACUGUGACAAGCAGCUGCUGCAGCUUCUUUACCUGGAAAGCAUCUUGUCCAUGCUCAGCUCCUGUCCUCCCACAAUGCACCUGUCCAGACGCUUCACCGACCUCGUCUGGAAGCAGCUGUGUCCGUCCCUGGUGUCCAUCAUGGGAAACCCGGUCAACGACAAAACCAUCACUUCCUACCACGGCCACACGGGGGCGCCAGAUGCGGAGCGACUCCAUUCGGGCGCCAGCCAGGAAACGGAGUCCGCCGCGGCACUGGUGUCCGACCAGGGUCGAGGCUCGGGCUGCUCGUCCGGCGCCCCCGCCAGGAUCGCGCCGGUGGUGCGGAGCGUGUGCUACGUGGCGGCCGAGCUGGUUCGCCUGGUGAGCUGCGUGGAGUCCAUGAAACCCGUGCUGCAGUCGCUCUACCACCGGAUCCUGCUCUACCCGCCGCCGCAGCACCGCACGGAGGCCAUACGCAUCAUGAAGGAGAUUGUGGGAAGUCCUCAGCGGCUCUUCGACCUGGCCGGGCCGGGCCUGGCCGAGCCCGAGAGCAGGAAGCGAUCCUUCUCCAAAAGGAAGUCGCACCUGGACCUGCUGCGACUCGUGAUGGACGGCAUGACGGAGGCGUGCGCGAAGGGCGGCAUGGAAGCGUGUUACUGGAGCGUGUCGUGUGCCUGCGCUCUGCUGCGAGCGCUGGAGGAGCUGUCGCAGGGACGCGGCCUCACGCCGGAGCAGGUCCGUCUGGUGGUCGGCCGCAUGGACGAGCUGAAGGACGGCACGGAGUCGUCUCGCGCGUCCAUGGAAGUGAACGAGGCCGACUUCCUGUGGCAGAGACACAUCCUCUCCUCCGAGGGGGAGCCUUCGGAUGCCGCGGCGGAGCGCAGCCCCGACGUUAGCGUGAGCAUUAGCAUCACCACCGACACGGGCUGCACCGCGUCGGACUCGCGGCCCCGCGCGGCCCCUGAUCAGGAGGAGGCGGAGCAAGACGAGGAGGAGGCGCGCCUGCGGCAGGAGGCGGGCGUGGUCCCGCCCGAUGUGGUCCAAAGAAGCCACGCCCUCGUAUAUCCUGACAUCACCAACUUCCUGUCGGUGGAGUCCAGAAUCAGAACGCACCAGGCGCCCGCCUCGCGCUAUAGCGAGAGCAACUUCAGCGUGGAGGAGCAGGACUUGUCUCGAACAGAGUUGGACUCGUGCGACCACUACUCCAUGGCGGCCGAGAAGGACUCGUGCCGUUCCGACGUGUCGGACGUGGGUUCCGACAACGUGUCGCCGGGCGACGAGGACGACGAGCCCAGUCCGUCGGACGCGCCGGCCGGCCGCUCGCUGCGCACGGCGGCCGCGCUCUCGCUCAAGCUGCUGCGCCACCGGGAAGCCGACCAGCGCGGCGCCCGCCUCUUUGUGCGCUCGCUGGCCUCACUGCUGCCGGGACUCCUCGCCCCGGACGCCGACGCCGCCCAAGUCGACCGACUCCUGCAGGACUUUGCGCGCACCUUCUGCGCCGGACUGUGCGCCGACGUGGCUUGCAGGAUCCCCUCAGCGGCCGUGGAGGCGGGGCUGACGCUGAGCUGUCAGUCACUGAUGAACGCCGACGGCAUCUACCUGUUGUCCUUCUACGCGCUGCUGCUCAACCUCAAACUGUGCAAGUGCAACUUCUACCAGCGGAGGGCGCUGCCUCCUGCUCUGGGCCUGAAGGAGUUUGCGCGUGCGAUCCAGAGCAGCGGCGUGCUGGUGGUCUUGUCUCAGGUGUGGAUCGAGGAGGUCUACCAUCAGAUUCUGGAACUCGACCUGCUGGCUCAGGCAGGCUAUGGGUUGGCGCCCGACGGGAGAAUGCCGCCAUUCAUCAACAUGUUGAACGAUAUGGACGGUCUGGGCAGCAGCGCGAUUGGCGGUCAGCUGAUGAGGAGAUUCAACCAAUCGCCUCCCUCCUGCGACAGAGCAGGCGGCGAUGCCGUCAUGGCGGGCGCCGUGCUGUCGCGCUUCCUGCUGACGGGCGUGUGGAGCCAGCUGAUGGAGGUCCUGUCCACGCCGCUGACGGGCCGCGCCGCCGGCAGCUCCAAGAUGCCGCUGGUCUUCGCCAGAGAGAACGGCCAGCGCGAGCGAGACGCCAUCUGUCUCAGUCUGGACGGACUGAGGCAGGCGGCCGCGCUCAGCUGCGCGCUGGGUGUGGCCGCCAACUGCGCCUCAGCCUUGGCCCAAAUGGCCGCCGCCUCCUGCGUGCAGGAAGACCGCGAUGAGAGGGAGGGGCCUGAAACGGGGGACGCCAUUUCGCAAGGUGAUCACCCAGCACCCAUCACACAGCAGCAGCAACGGCGACUAAACGUGCGUGCGUGUGUAGUGAAACAGCGUCUGGAGCAGAUGUCGCGGCCGGCGGGCGUUCGCCUGCACACGGCGCACGUGCUGUGCAUGGACGCCAUCUUGAAUGUGGGCUUGGAGAUGGGCAGCCACAACCACGAGUGCUGGACGCACGUCUUCAGGGUGACGGAGUACGUCAGUUCUCUGGAGCACACGCACUUCAGCGCCACGAAACAUGGGCCGUCGCGGGCCAGCAUUGCCCAGCGGUGCCGGCAGGGGGCGCUCACGGGUCGGUUCCCGGAGCCUGUCGGCCAGGCCCGAGCGGAAGGCGACGCCCCGCAGCCUGACCCGACGCCGCCUCUCACGCGCCCCUCCACCAUCCGGGAGCUUGUGGUCCAAGGCGGCGGAGGAGGCGGGUGCGCUCUGGACCUCAAAGGGGGCAGCCUGCUGACCGGACCCAGCGCCGCCAAGGCCGUCUGCAUGCUGUCCACGCAGGCCGACAGGUUGUUUGAAGAAGCGGCGCACAAACUGAACCUGGCGUCCCUGGUGGGCUUCUUGCAGGAGCUGAGGAAAGCAUCUCAGUGUCAACUCUUCCACUCCGUCACCGACACGGGGGACUACUCGCUCGCCAUGCCCGGAGAAGCCAAGUCGACGCUGGAGCUUCCGAGCUCCCUGCACCUCUUCCGUCUGGGCGAGGCCAUGCUGAGAAUCGUCCGGAACGACAGCAGGCCGCUGCUGCACAAGAUGAGGGCUUGGAGUGUGGUGGCGCCGCACCUGGUCGAGGCGGCGUGUCACAAAGAGCGGCGCGUGUCCCAGAAGGCGGUUUCCUUCAUCCACGACGUCCUGACCGAGGUUCUGAGCGGCUGGACGGAGCCUUCUCACUUCCACUUCAACGAGGCGCUCUUCAGACCAUUUGAGCACAUCAUGCAGCUGGAGCUGUGCGACGACGACGUCCAGGAUCAGGUGGUGACGUCAAUCGGCGAGCUGGUGGAGAUGUGCUCUCCUCGCAUCCUGUCCGGCUGGCGCCCGCUGUUCAGCGCUCUCAGGACCGCCCACGGCGCCAAGAUGGAGGCCAAAGACUACCUGCUGGCAGAAUAUGAAGCGGGCAAGCGCCGCGCGCCCGUCUUUGACGUCUUUGAGGCCUUCAUCAACACGGACAACAUCCAGGUGUUCGCUAACGCCGCCACCGACUACAUCAUGUGCCUCAUGAAGUUCGUCAAAGGUUUAGGUGAGUGCGACGACAAGGAGAUUGGCGAGUGUGCGCCUGCAUCGUCUCGGAGCUCCCUGGACCUGUGCCUGCCGGCACUCGGUUACCUGCGCAGAUGUUCCCAGCUGCUGGCCACCAUCUACAAGAUGCCCUCCAAGCCCGUCUUCCUGGGGGCGCGGCUCGCCAGCCUGCCCGUCGUGUCGCACGAGCUGUCGGCUGGCGCUCAGGACGUGCUGGACGGCGUCCUGCGGGACUUUGACGACGGCACGGGUCUGAUCCAGGUGUGGAUUCUUCUUCUGGAGCAGCUGACGGCCGCCGUGUCCAACUGUCCCCGCCAGCAUCAGCCGCCCACCCUGGAGACGCUGUUCCUGCUGCUGCGAGAGGUCGCCGUCGUGCCAGGUCCGGGCUUUGCCAUCUCGGCCGUGGUGCAGCUGCUGCUACCCGUCAUGUCGCUGUGGCUGCAGCGUAGCCGCGGCGACCACUCCUACUGGGACGUGGCCGCCGCCAACUUCAAACACGCCAUCGGCCUCUGCUGCGAGCUGGUGGUGGAGCACGUGGCCACCUUCAUAAACGCAGACGUCGGUUGCGAGUUUUGGAUCAACGUGAUGUUGAAGGAGCUCUUCGGGCUGUUGGUGUCGUGCGUGUCGCAAGCGGCGGAGACCAUCUCCAGAGUGGGCUGCUCCUGCAUCAGGUACGUGCUGGUGACGGUGGGUCCGCUUUUCACCGAGGAAAUGUGGAGGUUGGCCUGCUGUGCCCUGCAGGAUGCCUUCUCUGCUACCUUGCAGCCUGUCAAGAAGCUCGUGUCGUGUUUCCGGAGCGGCUCGGACAGUUUCUGCGGCGACGCCUGCGAAGUGAAGGUGGCCGCUCCUUCCUCGUCGCCCUCGGCGGAGGCCGAGUACUGGAGGAUCCGAGCCAUGGCGCAGCAGGUGUUCAUGUUGGACGGCCAAUGUUCGCCCAAGACGCCCAGCAACAAGGACGGUUUUGAGCACGCCCAGUCCUGCGUUUUGAUCAUCGAGCCGCCGCCGGAGCGUCACGCCAACGGACACGCUCGCAAUAGUGUGCCGUUCCGUAACGUGGUGGUGAGCCUGUUGUCACAUCAGGUUCUUCUGCAGAACCUUUCGGACAUCUUGCUGGAGGAGUUUAUCAUGCAGCCCGACGGGCAUGAGAGGGUGACCCCGGUGACCUCUGAACCAGCCGCGCGUCCGGUGGCAGGCUUCCUGCGCUACGUGUCUAUGACCAACCUGUCAAUCAUCCUCGACCUGCUGCUUGACUCCUACAGGACGGCGCGCGACUUUGACACCCGUCCGGGUCUGAAGUACCUGCUGAUGAAGGUGUCGGGCGUGUGCGGCGCGGCCAAUCUGUACCGCCAGGCGGCCAUGAGCUUCAAACUUUACGUGCAGGCGCUGCUCGCCGCCGUCCUGAGUCAGGCCGAGGGCAUGACGGCCCAGCAGGUCAAGAAGAUCCUCUACGAGGAUGACGACGGAAGCUCGGAUUCCUCCCGACCCGGGUCGGCGUCCUCGGAGGACGAAGACAUCUUUGAAGAGACGGCGCAGGUGAGCCCCCCACGCGGGCGCGACCACCGGCAUCAGUGGCGAGCCGCCAUGUCGUCCCUGAGCGUGGCCCCGGCAGCGCUGGGCAGUAGCGGCGUGGCGGAGUGGGCGUGGCUGGUGAAGCGUCUUCACAAGCUGAUUGCCGACGUGUGCGCCAGUUACAUCCAGAUGCAUCGAGACCUGGAGGAGGACGCGGCCAGCGCCGCCCCGACCCCGCCCCCGCCGCCGCCGCCGUCCUCGCAGGCGGGCGAGCGCCACACCUUCUUCCUGCCGCUCUUCCCGUCCGAAUCGUCCACGCCCACGUCGGCGGGGGGGGACACGCCCUCGGAGGAAGGCGCGGUCACGUGUCACACGGGCCGCCUCGGCACCAGUGCGGCGCCCUCACCGGCGGACACGCCCGCACGCAGUCUGGCAUUCAGCUGCACGGGAAGCGUUCCCGCCAGCUUCCCCGGCGGCGGGAAGGACUGGUGGGAGAGCACCGGGACCAAGCUGGUCUCCAUGGCGACCGACAAAAGCCUGGCCAAGCUGCUGAACCAGUACAAACACAGGAAACAGCAGCAGCAGCAUGACAGAUGGCAAGGGGGGCGUGGCCACGCGUGGAACCAGCAGACGCAGGCCACGCCCCUCAGACACUCGCACAGCGCCGGCGCCGAAGUCCUCAGGUCCAGAUCGGGCUCGGCCGUCAGCUCUCACGGGCACGUCGCCGCGAGUGACGCGCAUGCGCAGAUACAGGCGUGGAGCAACAUGGUGGCGACGGCGCUGCAUCAGGUCCUGCAGCUUUCGGACGCGGCCUUCGUGGCGCUUCAGCCGGCGCUCUACCCAAGCGUGUGCCAGCUGGCGUUGCACAUCACCGACGGCGCCGUCCGCCAGGCCCUCUGCGAUUGGCUGGGACGCGUGGGAAGACUCUAUGACAUCGUGGCGUGAACUCGUCUAGCCCGACGCCGCGCCGGCUUUCGCGCCAUGCGGCUAACGUCCUGCUAGCUUCCCGCCAACGCGACAGCCCGCAGUGUGAAGCCUGCCCGCCAGGCCCCAAAAUCAGCCAAAGAUGUUGAUGAGGACGAUGAAGACUACAAUCUGCGCAGUGUGUUUGUUGCUAAUUGAUCAAUAUCGAUCCGUAUCCACCUAUUUAUUUUAUUUCUUCUUGAUGGAUUUGCGUCAAGUUCUUUUAUUUGUGCUAUUAAAGGUCUUGUGAUGAAGCACCCAGCA